GUGAGACUCUGCUGGGAGAAGCAAGAGCUAGUAUGGAAAGGGGAAGGUGGAAGGCUGGAAUGUGGGGGAAGUAGCUGGAGCACAGGGAGGAGAGGGAGGCAUUUAUUGGCCCUUCAGGGGCCUCUCUUUGUGCACCCAGUGCCUCACUUGGACCCCCAUCUGCGGGUGCAGCGCAGUGGUUUUGUGGGGGCUCUGCUGCUUUAGAAGUGGACCUGGCUCUAAACAUUCUGUAGUGUGAACGAUACCCACCAUUGUUAGAGUAUGGGAUGGCAUCAGGUGUUUAGGGAAAAGGGGGAAUAACUGACUUCUGGCAGUCAGUUUUCUGGAGGCCUUCAUAUUGGCAUGGAGCCUGAGCCCUUCCACCCUUCCUCUCAUUCCAGGAAAGGUGAAAGUGUCCUGAGAACCACAUGAGAAGGUGGAUUAUUUUUUAAAACCAUGAGCCUGCGUCUCUAGACAUGAUCUGUGGUUCAGUCCAGCUGGAGCUGUCUGAAUGAAGCUAUGGGCUGUGCCUCCGCCAAGCAUGUUUCUACUGUUCAAAACGAAGAGGAAACUCAGAAGGGGAAAAACUAUCAGAACGGAGAUGUGUUUGGUGAUGAGUAUAGGAUCAAACCAGUGGAAGAGGUCAAAUACAUGAAAAAUGGGGGAGAAGAUGAUCAGAAAAUAGCAGCCAGGAACCAAGAAAACUUGGAAAAAAGUGCCAGUUCAAAUGUAAGACUUAAAUCAAAUAAAGAGAUCCCAGGAUUAGUACAUCAACCCAGAGCAAACAUGCACAUCUCUGAAAGCCAACAAGAAUUCUUCAGAAUGCUGGAUGAAAAAAUUGAAAAGGGCCGCGAUUACUGUUCAGAAGAGGAGGAUGUCACAUAGUGCCGGUUCUGCCGCUCGCCCCAGGAGUACUACUGUGUAAAUAGAUUCCAACCCAGUCCAGACCUUUUGGAAGCCUUCUAGAGCGAACAGCACUCCAUCACAGAAGAUCAUUUCCACAUUAUAUGCUCCAUUCAGUGUUUCUUAAUGAACCGAUGAGGAAUAUUGCUAAGAACUCGUAAGGAACUGUUUUUGUUGCUGCUAGUUAAAACUUGUUGCAACCUCUCACUUUUUUCUGUGUCCAGAUAACGCAGCAGAUCCUUAAAGUUUAAUCCAAAAGACAUUGUUGAUUGAGGCUUCUGGCCUGUUUUCUAUCAGAUGAGGUAGUGUUAUACAAAGCUUCCAUAAGUGACCAUUCAAGCAUCUAAGAAACACCCCUAAGCUGUCUGUCAGUCCGCGUUCGGGCCGGAGGGCUUAUUCAUGCUGAUGAUUCCAAGCUUUGGAGAUGGGAUGUUUUUGCCAUGGCAGGCCUUGUUUCUCUGCUGAGAAGAAGCUGGGAAACUAUUAUCCAUUAAAAGCAUGUUAUCACUGAAAUACUGGAAGUGAUGCAGGAGCAGGAAUUUGUAUUUUAAGAGGAAAAAGAGUUUCAUUUAACAGGUAUCUUAAUCAAGGACUAAGCUUGCAGUAUUGGCUUUGCUGAGCACGAAUGGGAGUGUGAUCACAAUCAUUUUGAAUCUCUUUUUUUCUAAGAAAAUAAACAUUUUACUGUUUUUAUGUA